AUGGAUAAGCCAAAAACGAAGGAGGUUCCUGCUGUUGUACAUGACAAAUCAAGCGGCAGGACGUAUGUGAGAGGGAGGUUUCUAGGAAAGGGGGGUUUCGCCCGUUGUUGGGAGUUGAGUGAUCAAGACACCGGUGUCAAAUAUGCAGGGAAGGUUGUUGCCAAGUGCGAUAUCGUUAAGCCGUCUCAGCGUCAAAAAAUGCAACAAGAAAUCACAAUUCAUGCUUCCUUGAAACAUGAGAAUAUUGUUGGUUUCCACAGGUCCUUUGAAGACGAAGCCAAUAUAUACAUAUUGCUCGAGCUGUGUCCUAGACGGACACUCAUGGAACUUCAUAAGAGACGCCGGCAAAUUACUGAGCCAGAAGCCCGGUACUUUGUGAAACAAAUCAUAAAUGGAUGUCAGUAUCUCCACCUUAAUAAUAUAAUUCAUCGCGACCUUAAACUAGCCAACCUCUUCCUAAAUGACGAUAUGGUUGUGAAGAUAGGAGAUUUUGGCUUGGCCUCAAGAAUCACUAAGGAAGGUGAAAUGAAGAAGACGCUAUGUGGGACGCCGAAUUAUAUUGCCCCUGAAAUUCUCUGUAAGCAUGGUCACAGCUUUGAGGUCGAUUCGUGGUCCGUGGGUUGCAUUUUGUACACUCUUCUUGUUGGUCGACCACCCUUCGAAACUUCAAGUUUACAUGACACUUAUGAGAAAAUAAAGAAAAAUGACUACUUUGUUCCUGGUAAUAUCAGCAUAGCGGCUACGAAUCUGAUUCGAUCUUUUCUCAACUCUGAUCCACAAAAGCGGCCGAGCAUGUUCAGCGUGAUGGAUCACAGUUUCUUUAAGGGCUUUACUCCUGCUGGUCUCCCUGUCAGCGCGCUCACUACGUGUCCUCGGUUCGACAAUCUUGUCCGUAAUCCCUCUGACAGGCGACCACUCUCAGUCAUUGAUGCUAAUCUUAAUGAUGUAUCAACAGUUAGUGCAGAGGCUAACAAAGACUACACCACUGAUGAUUGCUGGCUCACAGUUUUAUUCGAGAAGUUAGGAGAGCUUCUUGAUGCACCAGUGUUGCAAACGACUUCCAUAACUGCAAUGGAGGAGAGCGAGGAUCCGGCAUGUGUUCCCAUUUAUUGGGUCUCCAAGUGGGUUGAUUACUCGGAUAAAUAUGGCAUCGGCUAUCAUCUGUGUGACUUCUCGAACGGUGUUCUUUUCAAUGAUGAUACACGUUUAAUAUUUACCGCGAACAAGGAGAAUCUUCAAUAUAUUGAAAGUGGUGGCAAGGAGCACUUGUAUACAAAAAACGAUUAUCCUCCUUCACUGAAAAAGAAAGUAACACUACUUACUUGCUUCACUAGUUACAUGCAAGAAAACCUUCUUCAUGCUGGAGAGAAUAUUGUGCGUCGAGAGUCAGACAAUAUGGCCAGAUUGCCCUUCCUCCGAAGCUGGUGCCGGACUCGCAUAGCGAUCGUGCUACAUCUCAGUAAUGGAACAUUGCAACUCAAUUUCUUUGACGACCACUCCAAAAUUAUCCUCUGCCCUUUAAUGGAGGCCGUCACUUUUAUUGACCCGAGUCGUAAUUUCAAGACCUUCCGUUUCAAUUUGCUCAAGAAACAUGGUAUCACUGGCGACUUAAUGAAACGAUUAAAGUACGCCCACGAUAUGAUAGAUUGCAAACUCUUGCAACGGCAGUCUGAACUUCACGCAAGAUGUACUGGAACAAAGAAUAAAAAAGGCUCUCGAGAUACGGUCCUUGCUCCAGCGAAGAAAGAAGAUCCUACCAGUGUAACUGUUGGCAAAGGAAAGCAGGAUACUGCAAAAACCGAUGCUCUGAAAAACAAAUAA